UGUAAUGGGGGUGGGGGCACCACCGGCAUUCACCGGCCGGCUCUUCGGGAAACUGGAACUUCUGAAUCAGCUCCGUAACUGGGCAAUUAAGUGCCGCAUCGCGUUCGUUUGUGAAUAUUUCAUCUUGCGCAGCACACGAAUGCCUUAACUCGGUAAGGAAAUGCACACAAGUGGCCGAGCUGGAGCUGCGCGGAGCCCGCACGCAUUCUGCACCGCGGGUCGGUGGUGGAGAUUUGCGGUUUCAGACUGGUAGCAGCGGAUAGCGGUCGUGCUGGGCGCGGUGCGGGAUUAACAUGGAUCAAUGACACGCACCUCAUAGAUAAUGGAAUAUACAAAACUGUAUUUGCGCCUUUGAAACUGUUUGUAAGUGCAUGACCAGUUCACUGUUAAAAUACACCGAUACGUACUGGAUUCAUCCUUUCUAAGACGCCGUGGAGAUAUUCAGAGAGAAAAGUGAUUCGUUUCCGUUACGAGAAAAGAGCAGAUCAUUCCUGGCACUCGGAUCAACGACGCAUUAAUGGAAAUUGGGUCUCUCAGAUGGCAUGAAACUGCAAAGACGUGACUGAAGGACCUGAUGAGAUUCAACGCAACGCUUCAUCAUUUCAGUGAUCCAGCUGCGUGGGUUGAACACUGAUGCUCCGGAUCUCUGAUGCUGAUGCUGGUUCAUCGCCCUUGCGCUGUUGCUGCAUUCUAGGAUGUUGCGACAAGUGUUGCACGAAGGGCUCAGGACGUCAUUCCACAAACUGGGCCACUUUGUCGCCAAUCACCCGGUGUUUUUCGCCUCCGCGCCCGUGCUGAUCUCCAUCCUGCUGGGCGCGAGUUUCAGCAGAUACCGCAUCGAGGAAAACGUGGAGUACCUGUUAGCCCCCAAACACAGCCUGGCGAAGAUCGAGGGGAACUUGGUGGAUAGUUUGUUCCCCGUCAACCGAUCCAAACACACCCUCUACUCGGACUUGCAAACACCCGGGAGAUAUGGCCGGGUCAUCGUGACUUCGCGCAGGGGGAGCGUGUUGGACCCGCACCACGUCAACUCAGUCCUAAAGCUACACAACACAAUCACUCAGAUCCAGGUUCCUAUGCUGGGAUUCAACUACACUUUUGCCCACCUCUGCCUGCUGGAUGACAGCAAAAGCUGCAUCGUGGAUGACAUCCUGCGGGUUCUGGAAGAGAUGAGAUCAGCGCGGGCGUCCAACCGUUCGGUACCCCCUCUGCGUUAUCCCAUCACCAAACUCAAAGAUGGGCGAGAGGCCUACAUCGGGCACCAACUGGGCGGAGUCCUGGCGGGGGGAGGGAGAGAUGGGGUUCGUUCUGCUCGAGCCCUUCAACUCACGUACUACCUGCAAGCAGCCAGCCCACUGAACGAAGUGGUGGCGGCAACCUGGGAGCUGCUGUUCUGCAAGGAGUUGGAGAACUUUGGAAAGGCUCAUCCCGAGCUUAGCCUAUACCCCUUCACUUCCUCUUCUCUUCAGAGGGACUUCCAAAGGACCAGUCGAGUAUCAGAACGGCCGCUGCUCUUUAGCCUGGCCGUGUGCCUCUCGCUGGCCAUGCUGUGCUGCUCAAUGCGAGACUGUGUGCGUACAAAACCUUGGCUGGGUCUUCUGGCUCUGGUGACCGUCAGCCUCGCUACACUCACCUCUGCAGGCAUUUUCAACCUUACUGGAGGGAAAUACAAUUCAACAUACCUGGGCAUCCCUUUUGUCAUGUUAGGUCACGGCUUGUUCGGCACAUUCGAGAUGCUGUCGUCUUGGCGGCGUACCCGCGAGGACCAGCAUGUGAAGGAGCGGGUUGCUGCUGUGUUCUCUGACUGUAUGCUGCCCUUCACAGCUAGCACGGCCUUGCACGUGGUCACCUUCGGCAUUGGAGCCAGUCCAUUCACAAACAUUGAGGCGGUACGUCUAUUUUGUCGGAAUGCCUGCAUCUCAGUCCUCUUCAACUACCUCUACAUCCUCACCUUCUACGGAUCCAAUCUGGUGUUUGCUGGCUACCUGGAAAACAACUACCGUCAUAGUUUAUUCUGCAGGCGUGUACCAAAACCUGAGUUGCUGCAGCAGAAGCCAGCGUGGUACCGCUUUCUCAUGUACACGCAUUACAACGAGGAGGCUACGGAAGCAGGACCACUACGUGCUUAUGAGAGUCACCUGCUGGUUGCCUUUAUGAAGCGGUACUACUGUGACUGGAUCACCAAUACCUACGUCAAACCAUUCGUGGUUCUCUUCUACUUGGUUUAUGUUUCCUUCGCCCUCAUGGGCUACCUUCAGGUUAGUGAAGGGUCAGAUCUUAGUAAUGUGGUUGCGACAGAAACAAGCACUAUAGCAUACACCCGUGCACAGCAGCGGUAUUUCAGCAGUUACAGUCCCGUGAUUGGUUUCUACAUCUACGAGUCCAUUGAGUACUGGAACAUGAGCGUGCAAGAGGACCUUCUGGAAUACACCAAAGGUUUUGAACGCAUCUCCUGGUUUGAGAGUUACCUCAACUACCUUCACGGGCUGAACAUCACCACAAGCCUGUCACGCAGCAACUUCACAGAACGCUUGCGUUCUGGCUUUUUGCGUCAACCCCGAUAUGUGCACUUCUCGGAUGAUAUCAUCUUUGCCAAACGUGCCGAUGGGGAGUUUGAUGUCGUAGCCUCACGUAUGUUUCUAGUGGCCAAGACAACUGAAAACAAACGAGAGGAGAUGUCUAUCCUGCUGGACACACUAAGGAAGCUGUCGCUGACCUCCAGGGUGAAGUUCAUCAUCUUCAAUCCAUCCUUUGUGUAUAUGGACCGCUAUGCUUCAUCUGUUGGAGCACCACUGAAGAACUCUUGCAUCGCUGCACUCUUUCUGCUCUUCUUUUCCACCUUCUUGGCAGCUGACCCACUGGUGAACGCCUGGUUGACUGUGACAGUAGCCUCGGUUGAGUUCGGGCUGGUGGGUUUCAUGACCCUGUGGCGGGUCGAGUUGGACUGCGUCUCCGUUUUGUGUCUGAUCUACGGAGUGAACUAUGCUGUAGACUCCAGCGCUCCGCUGGUGUCUGCAUUUGCCCUAGGUCGGGAAUCCACCCGUACGCGCUGGGUGAAACUGGCUCUGGAGCGACACGGGGUUCCUGCCCUUCAGAGCUACUUGUGUUACGGGGCUGCUCUGCUCCCUCUCGCGGCCGUGCCCUCAAACCUCACCCGCACGCUCUUCAGGUGCCUGUUUCUCACCGCCAUCAUCACCGCCUUCCACUGUUUGGCCAUUCUGCCAGUCCUGCUCACCUUCUUACCUCCCUCCAAGAAGAAGCGGCGGGAGAGAAAGAAUGCGGCGGAAAACCGGGAAGAAAUUGAGUGUGUAGAGAUGGUGGACAGCACUCGUGUAGUUGAUCAGAUUACCACUGUCUGACCACAUGCCCAAACGAGACUGGAGGAUGUACAAGAGAGAAAAAACAAAACACCCCCAGGGGGUGGCAGAAGGAGACCUGAGAUAUGAGCGUUAGCCUUUGUGCAACUGGGCUUCCUGUUCUCAUACUUAAAAGCCUCUAGAUGGCUUUUAACCACUUUAUGGGUGUUCUUCAGCAUAAGCCCACAAUUUAAACAAGGCUUUUGUUUGAUGGUAAAAGCAGAUGAGUUUGAGGUUGAGCCAUUAACAAUGGGUGUAUCGUUGUCAUGGUAAGCACUAUGCAGGUUUUGCUGCAGAGCAAGAAAGCCAGAUGAACCACACUGCUGCACAGUUGCAGAUAAUCACAGAGGGGGAUCCUCUAGUCUGCAGUAUUACAGCAGCAGUAGAGCGGAGACAGUAACAAGCUUUUGCUUUGACAAGGCGUAGAUAGAGACUUACAAUGUUUCUGAUGCCCCAAGACUUUCAUGGGGCACUAAGCUAAAGACCAAGCAGCCAUAAUCAUAUCUGCAGAUAGCCAUGACUUUAAUGCGGCCCAUGUCAUCUCUUCUCAGAGGUUAGAUGUUUUGGUCAGUACCAUAUAUUUGUCUUUUGGUAUAUGGUGGUAUUAAAUAGUGUUUGGAAAGAUAUACAUUUUCAAUGACCAUGGUAAAAGUCACCUCCCCCACCAUGACCAAUGUCUCAGAGGCAUUUAAGGCUCAUCUUCCAUAAAGGAAUGUAUAAGAGAGAGAGAAAAAAAUGGGCGGGUGAAAGAAAAGGACGGAAGGGGGUGGGGAUGUGUCUGAGAGAUACACAGAAGCAAGCCUCUGCUGACAGGUUGGUAUGCUGUGCAAUGCUUCCAUGGUAACUCCGGGUCGCAGUUUAGUUGCAUAGCGUAUGUAUAAUUUCGUAUCCUCUAGGUUCAAUAAGGGCAUUGGUUACCAGUUAAGUUGCACUGUGGUGGGGAGAAUAAUCUAUGGAGCAUUUAUCCCUGCUGCUUUUUGCUUAUUUUGUUUGCCUCUAAAAAUGCUGAAAAUCACCUUGUCACAGACAAUGCUCUUCAUCAAUAUGCAUGAGCCAGAGUCCCUUCGUUUUCACCCUCCUUGCCCUCUGUGUAUGAGAAGCUUGAAACAAAUAGGUGUAGAGAGACCUGGAGCAGAAAGGAAAGGAGCAUCUGGCCAAUCAAAUCCACUUAGCUUUCAGUCCCGAAAGCAAUUGAUAUCAAAUCAAUCAUGAGGUAAAAUAGCAUCCCCUUCAGCUCCGACUUUUACUGUAUUUGUGCAGGGAUUAGUGCUUUAAGGCAGCUGGGGUGGGGGUUGGGGGGCAUAGUCUCCCUUUCUCAAGCACACAUGUGGACUGUGACUUUGACAUUUAUGAUGACUGCAGCAUAAUAGAAAGGUUAUGUUGCAGCUUGUGAAAUAUUGCUGAAUGCAUAGCUCCCGAUAAUCAUAUAAUGGACAAGAAAGGGAAAGAGACAGUUAGACGUGCACACGAUUGGACAUUUUUGCACACACACUUAAUGUGGCAGCUGUAAAAUAGGCUUUUUUGACCAUUCCCCACCUACUUGACUGAUGGUCCUCACCUACUCCAAUCUCCUUCUAAGUAGCACUUCUGAAUCACUGCACAGCCCACAAGCAUCGGGAUGAGAUACACACAUCUAGAUAUACACACCUCUACGGCUAAUUAAAUCAGUCCAUAUAUAUAUUUACAGUGCUACAGCCUCUCACAGCUGAUCUUAUUCAUCUCAAUGAAGUAGCCAGUACUCAAUACUCUUUCCGAGUUAUCUGAGGAUAGUGCUCUGAAAGAGUCUCUCAACAAUUUAAUUAAAGCGUUCUAACAUCUCUGAGUGAUCUCAGACCAGCAACCCAAACUGCAGCUUUUACUGAUCUCAGCUGUUGCUGAGCUUCAGUGAAGCACUCAGACAGCUCUGUCUGAUCUCAGAACAGUGCUUUAAAUAGAGCUUUCACUGAUCUGUGAAUAGCACCGAAAUACUUCAGAAGACAUCCUUUUUGUUUAGCACUUUUUUUGACAAUCGGUACUUUUGUUCAUCUAAACAUCUCUAAACUCAAAUACACUUCAAUAAGUAAAACUGCAGAAGAUAUAAAGAGAUAGUUCACCCAGAAAUGAAAAUUCUGUCAUUAAUUACUCACCAAAUCUUGUUCCAAAUCUGUAAGACCUUCUUUCAGAAAGCAGUAAGGACAUUGUUAAAAUAGUCCAUGUGACAUCAGUGCCUCUACCCUAAUUUUAUGAAGUUACUUUUUGUGCACAAACAAAACAAAAAUAAUGCCUUUAUUCUAGCGUUGCACGAUAUAACGUUACCUGCUUUUCAAAACAGUACGAAUAUGCAUUUUACUAGUACUGGUACUUUAAGAAACGUAAUUGCGGGAUCCAGUCAUAAAAAUGAAAUUUACUGUAUAACGCAGACAUUUACUGUAUAACUUAUACAAACAGAAAUGUAAAGGUCUUCACAGCAACCCGUCAAAAUAAAAGUUCGACUUAACUUGACAGAAAUAUUACUUAUUGUAAUGAUACUGCUACUAUUAAUAAUAAAAUAUUAUUAAAACAAUAUUUAAGGAAUAUUUACCAGAAAAAUUAUUUACCAGAAUUUUUUUUCCAGAAAAACUGUAAAUACACAAUGUUUCUGAAAAAAAUGAAAAUAAUAAUAUAAUAAAUAAUUUUUUUUUAUAAAAUCUAAUUCAUCUUUUUAAAUAAUUAGACAUGCUUUUAUUACAACUUAAUGAGACUAUUAAAAUGGAAUCCAGAAAAUUAAUAGAAAACUUGAAAAAUUGAUGAAAGUAGAUGACAUGGGCCUUAAAUAUGUAAUUUUUGUUAAACUUUUAGUAAAUUGCUGUUAACUUGUGCAAGUUUCAUUAUUUCAAUUAAUUAGACAUGCUUUUUGAUUCGUAUUUUUUAAUGUAACCAAAUAGAGUCUAGAAAAAUUUAAAUGGAAAAAAAAACUUAAUUAGCAAAAAAUUCAUAAUGCCCUAUUCAUUUCAUUUGUAUCUUUUGUUUUAUUGUAUUCGUCCUUUAGUUUGUUACUUGCAUCUAUGUUCUUAUUAUUAAUAACAAAGAAACAACUUUUCCUGUUGUUCUAUGUUUGUGUCUUAGUAUCAGUUCAGUAGUAGUAUCAAGAUAUUUUAGUCAGGUAUUAUAUCCAAGUCAAAAUUUUGGUAUCGUGACAACACUAUUCAACAAUGUCUUCUCUACUGCGCUCGGAUUUCAUCAAAAAUAUCUUAAAUGGUUUUCCAAAGAUGAACGAAGGACUAAUGGGUUUGGAACGACAUGAGUAAUUAUGACAGCAUUUUCAUUUUUGGAUGAAAUAUCCCUUUAAGGCUUUUUUUUUUUCAGAGGACAAAUCUUCCAUUAAGUUUAUUAUUCUUACCCCUUUGACAAAUAGUAGUUUUCUUGUUUUAAGCAUAAAUGAACAAAAUGUAGUUAAUUUUGCCAAGAGAGUAAGAGCAAUGAUCUUGUUUUGAGAGAACAUUUCUUAAAUAUGCCUUAAUAUUACAUGCAAUUUUGGUUAAGGACAUUUACCUUGUCUGGAUAUGAAAACGAGACCAAGAAACAUAUUAAGACAAAAAUACUCAUUAAAAAAAAUGAUUUUGUGCAGCGUAAUAGUAUCAGUCAUUUCUAAACCAUUUUCUAUCUAUCUAUCUAUCUAUCUAGUUCUACGUUUUGUAGGAAUCAGUGUGGUUUUAUGUGGGUAAAAUGGUCCAGUUAUGUCUCUGUACUUGACCGUACUUGAAAGCGUGUACCCUUUAAGAGAAAUAUCUUGGACCUAGAAUGAUCUUCAUUUUAUAAAUGAAGCUUAAAAGUUCAUGUUCAUACUUACAAUCUCUUAUUUGUCCUCCCUGUCUGUCAAAACUGCUGGAUUUGAACAUUCAAUGCAAAGCCCUUCACAUACCUCUGCUUUAACACAGAUUCACUCAGGCUUACAUCCUUUCAUUUCGUUUGUACAACACCUCCACUAUUUUAUUCAGUCCAAAUAUGAUUGCUGUGAAGCAGUAUUGGCACAAGGCCCUUUGAAGAUGUCAAAGCCAGUGGGAAGAAUGAGGGGAAAAACUAUGUACUAUACACCCACACUGGCUCACACACACACACACACACACAUUUAGCCUAGAGUUCAUGCAUUCUACCUGACUGAAAUGCCUCUGGAGAUGAUUGCUGUUUUUUAUCUGUUUCUAUGAAUUUCAGAAGAAUAAAAAUAAAGGGGGUGAAAUGAAAAGUGAA